GAACAAAUAGCAGAACAUGCAAAAGAUAUAAAUACUCACCGAGAUAAAUGAUUAAAUAUAACAAGAUCAUAAGUUCUAAAAUUAAGAUGUCUACCAUACAACUGCUGGUUUUUGGCUCAGCUAUUUUGGCUGCAGUAUACAGUGCGUGUCCUUCUGGGUGGCGCCAUCAUGGUGGAAGCUGUUACCUGUUUCAGAAGGAAAUACAAAAUUGGGCAGACGCUCGGAUUAUGUGUAAGUUUCACGGGAGCGAUCUGAUCGCCAUUGAGACUCCUGCAGAACAGCAUUGGUUUGUAAAGCAGGCUUUGACAUUUAACCAAACAGAGGGUGAUGAUGGUUUCUGGCUUGGUGGCACCGACUGGGAGAAUCAAGAUACCUGGAUUUGGGAGCCAACAAAGCAGCCAAUGACAUAUAAAGUAUGGGGUGCUAGUCCUAUUCCUCAACCAAACAACAGAAACGGCAGUGAAAACUGUCUAGCUGCAGUUAAAUUCUUUCAUUAUUUGUGGAGUGAUGAGUUUUGCAACUGGGAAAGACUUGGAUAUGUAUGCGAGAUGGCGGAACCAACACAACCAAUUGUCGGAUAGGAAGUAGCUAACAGUUGUCGGAUAAGAAGUAGCUCUCCUGUGCAAUAUAGAUAUUUAUAAGCAAUAAAAGUUAAUGGUU